UGCCUGGCCCUUUUGUUCUCUCUUUUUUUUUUCCACGCCACGUUUGCAUUCUCACGCCGCCCACGAGUGCUGCAUUUCCUGCCAGUGCAUACAAGCGACCGACGACUUUGCUCCGGAAUUCCGAGCUUUGAUUAAUUCGAAAGGCGCGUCUCUCCUUUGCUUCUUUGCUCCGACGACGACCCAACGCGACAAAGGCGGAGCUUGUGGUUGCAUCACACCCAGCGACUUGUGAUCACCACGGCUACCUGCUUCCGACCGUGUUGGAACAAUACCCCAGCCGCCGCUUAUACAAUUGUGUGGGCGUACACUUGCUCGUUUGCACAGCCCGUUCAGCUGUUCCACGCGCGCCGCGCCUGAGCUCACCGAUAGCCACGUAGCUAGCUCUCGACAGCAACAACACCAGCAGCAUACUGAAUACAGCACAAUAGGGCUUAGACUGUGCCAAUCCUACCUACUUCGACUCUAUUCAAUCCUGUUCCAAACGACAGCAUCGACGUGACACUGCCGGACAGCGUUUUUUUACUUUUCUGGGUCUUUGCGAUAUCCCCACAUCUCGACGUCACCAUGUCGUCUAGAAAAAGAGCUGCGCCCGGCGCGAAUCCCACAGCAGCAGCAGCAGCAGCCGCUCAACAGAGAAUGCAACAAAACUACAUGACCGAUAACUCUGCCGCCGACGCUAUGGGUCGGUGGAACGCUACACCCGACGACCCCGCCAACUUCCUCGACGACAGCAACUUCUAUCCCCUGAUGCAGCAACAGCAGCAGCAACAGGCAUAUACACAGCCCAUGGCAACACCGUCAAACACACUGACUCGUCGCCAAAUGAACAAUGCCCUGGUGCCUGCGAGACCGACAUUUGAAGCGCCUACAGACCCAUGGAGUGGAUUCGACGUCGACAGCGCCCUGGUGGCACAGCCAGUCCCAACCGCCACAGAAGAGGCACCAGAGCCCGACAGUAUUGAAAAGCUGGAAGAGAUGGCACAAAAGGCGAAGAAGGAAGCGCAGACAAAGCGCAAGUCUAUCCCGCCGUUUGUUCAAAAGCUGAGCAGUUUCCUGGAAGAGCGCAAAAACGAAGACUUGAUCCGCUGGUCUGAUAAUGGCGACUCAUUCAUUGUUCUCGACGAAGACGAAUUCGCAAAGACGCUCAUCCCCGAGCUGUUCAAACAUAACAAGUACGCAUCCUUUGUCAGACAACUCAACAUGUACGGCUUCCACAAGUGCGUCGGCCUUUCCGACAACUCGAUGCGAGCGAGCGAGCGCAAAAACAAGAGCCCCAGUGAAUAUGCCAACCCGUACUUUCGCCGCGGCCACCCCAACCUGCUGUGGCUCAUCAACAAGCCCAAGAGCGAUCCCAAGCCCGGCACCGGCAAGGCAGCGAAAGCCACCGAUGCUGACAACAGCGAUGACGAAGGCGGUAAUGAGGACGGCACAUCCCACCAUGCGACGGUUGGAGCGCUACCUGCGUCACGCGCGUUGCCGUCGUCCGAGGGCAGCACAGCUCCCAUCCAGAAGAAGGAGAUUGGUGUGAUUCGCGAAGAGCUGCGUAAGGUACGGGAGCAGCAGAAGCUCAUUCUCGGCGCAAUCAACAGAAUCCAGCAAAACAACAACGACCUCUACAACCAAGCCAUGAUGUUCCAGAACCAGCACGACCGCCACCAAAACUCCAUCAACGCCAUCCUUAACUUCUUGGCCAACGUGUUCCGCAAGACACUAGAGGACCAGAGCAGUAACCAAAACGUCAACGACAUCAUCUCGAGCCUCAUGUCGAACCAAGCCGGUGCCGGUGGCCACGGCAGCGUCGUGGAUCUAGGCGACUUUUUCCAGUCGCAAAUGGACCACUCGGGCGCCAUGGGCGGGCCGCCAAAGCGAGCUAGAGGACUCCUCCCACCUAUUCCAGGCCAGACAGCCCAGUCGUCACGGACAGCAUCGGUGUCGACACCGUACCAGGGAUCGCAUGCCCAGAUGGGCCAUGUCACCGAGCUCAACGAGGCUUCGCCGUCCGAGUCCCCAUCGCUGCGCCAAGAACUCGAAGCUAACCCUCAGGAGCGCAUGAUGAAGAUUAUCAACGACCACAACAACGCCAAUUCCUCACCCAUGGAUCUGCCCAAGGUGGAGGAGCUUGUCGCCAACACACCCAACACCCUCAGCAACGACCAGCGCAGCCAGCUCGUCAACUUUAUGGCUGGCCAGGCCAACUCACCGUCGUCAACAUCUACACCGGCCAGUGCGACUCCCUCGACACAAACCCGAUCGCGGACGUCGGCAUCUGCACAAGGCUCCGGUUCUGCUGCGACUACUGCUCCCAACGGUGCCGCAGCGUCUACUGGGAAUUCAUCUACCAGCGCAGCUCCUCCGUCUCUGUCACCCAUCAUGCGCUCACCGCAGAUGGUCGUACCAUCUUUAAGCCAGAUUAGCGCCAACCAAGAAGAACUCGCCAGGCUGCAGCAGCUGCAAAGCGAGCAGGACGCCAAGAUUAACGAGCUCGGCUCCCUGCUGGGCCCGCUGAGUCCGUCGGGCCGCAUCCCGGGGCUCGACGACCCCGACACGUACUUUAACCAGUCGGGCGUCGACGACUUUGACCAGCUCUUCAACAGCGACGCCUUUGUCAACGACCCGGCCUUUCUGAAUACCGACGACUUUAGUUUCCCUGGCGAUGCUACCGACAAGCCGCAGGAAGAUAAGGAUACGCCUGGGUCGACAGGCACCGAGGAGAUUCAGCGCGAUGAUUUAGCGGACACGAGCGGCCCCGAGACUCGCGGUUCUAAACGCCAGCGUACCACCUAAACCCUAUUCAAACACACUCAGUCCAUGUCUGAGUGUAGACAUAGGCAGUGUUGCAGAACAAAUAAGGGGGACAUUUCAGCAUUGGAGCAUAGUUGCAGUAGUUUGAUUCUGGUUCGUGUUGUUUUGGAGUGCGUACAGAAAAGGAUCAUUUUGGGUGUGUGUUUUCAUCUGCUUUUUUGUGUUCUGCAAGCUCCAGCAUAUACAUUUUAAACUGCUUGAAUGGGUACAAAAUGGAGAAAGGGGCGGGUGAAAGUGCAUUGAAAAGAUUUUAAAAAGGGAGGCAGUUUGGCGUCAACAGGCGUGGCGGAAACGGAACUGGAUUUGGGAUUGUUUUAUAUAUUUUUGGAAGCUACUGUUGCCAAGGGUAUUUGGUAUUCUAGGUACAUAUUCUCUAUUCAUAUGGUGGUGCUGUAGUACAAGCACUCUUCUCAUCAUGGUCUCUGGCUUCUUUUGUCGCUCGUGGCGGUUUUCUAUAUACAUUUUCCAUGGAGACAUGUGUGUUCCACCGCAAAAUCUGUGUGACAUGGGUGUCGUAGCAGUAAUUGCAUUCGCAGCAAGGGCCGUACCGGUAGUCGCAGUAGCUCGGUAUAGCGUGGCGGGCGGCAUGGCAUAUAGAUGCAUCGAUGCGGUUUGGGCCCAGACUACAUUGUCGGGGAGAAUGGCAUCGCGGCGUGUAGAUGACCUCAUUCGUUAGCCAACUGCUAACCGGCUGCAGUGGCAGGUUGUUGAUGGAAGCUCGGCGGGUGUAUUGUGGCGUGGUAGACUUUCAUUCCAAGGGUGCUUCAGCUGGCAAGCGGAUUGGCGUGGACAGUGACAGACUCAAUUUUAAAGGGAGGCUUGGGACGGCUCUUCUUGUCGACGUCGACCUUUUCCAUCUUGGCCAGCGUCCCGAGGCUGUCGUCGCCAAUGACCUUGCCAAAGACGGUAUUGAGUCCGUCGAGAUGGGCAGCCUUGGCAAAAGUAAUGAAGAACUGUGAGCCGUUUGUUCCCGGUCCCUUGUUUGCCAUGGAGACUACGCCGCGCUCGGCAUGGCGCAGAGCUGGCCGGAUCUCGUCUUCAAAGGCACCGCCCCAGAUAGAGCG